AUGGCAUGGCUUUCCAACUUUCAAAGUAAAUACGAUAAAGCAUUAGAGAAUUAUGAAAAGACACUUGAAAUUCAAUUGAAAGCAUUACCAUCAAAUCAUCCAUCAUUAGCAACUACAUAUAAUAAUAUUGGAUCAGCUUUAAAAGCAAAAGGUGAAUACGAUAAAGCAUUAGAGAUUAUGAAAAGACACUUGAAAAUGCAUUGA